GGGAGCCCGCGGGCCCCAGGCGCCUCCUGGCAACCCGACACCGGCCUAGGCUGAGAGAGCGAGGAGGCCGCAAUGGACCAGCCAGUCAUCGCCAUCACCUCCAGUUCCCUCAGAGAAGACCUGGGACCUGGCAGUUUGGUAGUCACCUCCUCGAAACCAACCCGAAAGACAUCCUCUGUUGAAAGAGAAGGAUGGUGGAGAAUAGCAUUAAUGAACACUCCUAUCCCUGGUACUUACCACUUGAAAACUUUCAUUGAGGAAUCCUUAUUAAAUCCAGUGAUAGCAACCUACAAUUUUAAAAACGAAGGAAGGAAAAAACCACCUCUUGUGCAAAGAAACGAUCCGGUACUAAAUGACCUUCCCCUGUACACACCUCCUGACUUCUUGGACUUGUUAAAGAAGCAAAUGGCUACUUACUCUUUUAAAGACAAACCUCGGGCCAGCCCCAGCACGCUGGUUUACAAAGAUCAGUCAGUUAAGCUUUCACCAGGGCAAUACGAUCUACUUCCUGCACCAGUUCCCAAGCACGCUUCCAGGAGCUUUGUAUUUCGUUCUACAGUUCAAAGAUUUCCAACAAGCUGCUUCACUCCUCAUGAAGGCCCAGGACCAGGUCAUUACGACUUGAAAAUACCUCCAGUAAAUUCUGUUACUUCCUGUUUUCAAUCCAAAGUGCCUCGAUUCCUGCCCGCUUGUUCCAAAACCCCCGGCCCAGGCGCAUACAAGUCUUCAGUGCAAUUCCCCAAGCAGCCCCGUACUAUAGCCAGAAUGGGCCGAGAGCAUAGCCUUUUCUUCAAUAACACAAUUGGCUUUUAAAAUAAAGCCAUCUUGGCCCUCAGCUAUUUUGAGUUUAGCAAGUUCUUCUGUUUAGAAAACUCUAUUUUAUCCGUCCUUUAGGGGGGUCCGUCUACAGAAUGUCAUCAUCGAUUGCCCAGGUGACCCUCUUGCCCACUUCUCUAGAAUAGUCCCAGCAUAAUUUCCAGUUCACUCUCGAAAGUGGCCUGGUUUAAAUAAUAAAUUGUGCUCACUCUGCUUAUUGUCAAAGGAUGUAUUCCAAGACACUGCCCCCGGCUGCUCUUGGGGCAGCUCGGACAGGCCCCGAUAUGUCCCGGCUGUGCUCUGCAUGGCCUUGGGCUCUCCAGCUGGGCCCCAGCUGCAUUAGGGCUGUAAUACCUCACAGCCUCAUGGAGGUGUCCUUGGGGGUCAGCAUUCAACCAAGGCCAAGCUGAGUGUGCCAGGAUCCCAGCAGGUGGUUCUUUCUCCCUCUCAGUUCCCUGAAAAGAAUAAUAUUGAUUCAACCCAAUGGGUGUUUGUGGUUUUAAGUCAACAAAAAUAUUUGAGUAUCUCCUCUGUACCAGGUGUAUGCUGGGGUUGGGGGGUGGUAGUUAACAGAAAGAUGAAUAAGGCAUGUGACUGAGUUUGGGGAGGGUCACCUUGUGUCUGAAGCUCAGGGGCUGCCCUCCCAUAAUUGCAGUUCUACUGGGAAGACAGGCCCUCAUCUCCCGAAGCUGAGAAGUCACUGCUCCGGGUGCACAGAGGAGGCCACAGGCGGGCAGAGCAGGGAUGAGGCAGCACGGCCAUGAGCGGUGAAGGACAGCCCCAUGCAAGGGGCCUGGAGGCUCAGAUGGGCAGGAAGGAGAGGGAGGAAUGUUGGGGGCAAGGACCCCAUGUGGGUGAAAGGCAGGAAUAAACAUUUGCUCGAGGGGAACUGAGGGAGCCUGGCCCAAUGAGAGUGGGGGUGCCGUGAGGGCGGGAGUUGGACGGGGCUUGGUCCAAAGCCAGGGCCCCAUACAGCCCUGCAUGCCAGGAAGACCUCCUCAGGGAGCCCCAGCUAGACACACCCCCACGCAUGACAGUGGG